AUGGAAAAUUCAAUUGGUUUAGGAUUAAUUCAUGGGCUUAUGUAUGGGAUUGUACCAGUAGCACCAUGGUUUGUAGCUCUUAAACGUUAUCUCUUAGAGGGAAAAGAAAAAGGACAACUUGCGGUAGCUGGAACGAUUGCGGGACAGGUCACUCUUUUAGCCUUAACAUUUUUCGGAUGGAGUCGUGUACUCUGGGUUUGGUAUUAUUUUGAACCGGCUUUAAUUAUUCUUGGAACAAUGGCAGUCGUUCGCUGUGCUCUCGAUUGUUGGGUGGAACAAGAAUCAAGUUUACGAACUGCAGCUUUAGGUCCUGGGGCCGGACAAUUAGCUAGUAAACAAGAAGGACUUUACUAUUUUCUUAUGAGUUUUGGGUUAAUGUUUUGUAACCCACUGCAUUUAGAAGGGAGUCAAACACUUCUUAGUUCUAUUCCUGGAAAUCGUUAUGUUUAUUUACUGGCUUUUACAGUGUCGUAUACAGCCAUUAUCUUCAUUUUUUGGGUAACACUUGGCUACCGUAUUUUUGGUAAGGCUUACUCAGGCUUUGGUGCCCAACAAACAUUAAAUCGUUACCGUAUUCGUCGUGUAUCUGUAGGUAUCGUUGCAGCAUUAUUUUUACAAUUUGCCAACUGUACUCCGGAAGCACUCGUGAUUUACCAUUGGGAUAGUCUCCUUGCCUAUACACCGUUUGAUGGUUUAAAACACCACCGAACGCGUGGGUAUACAUGGGAACCCUCAAGUGAUAAUGCAUUUGAAUUGAGUCGUCAAAGUUACCGUGCGACGAAUAGAGCAGGUGUCAGCUUUGAACAAGGGGCAAAACGUGCAGUCCAGUUUAAACCGUUCUGGAAUACUGAGACUCGUUUUGAUGAGUGUAAUCAAGUUCGUGAACGUGAAUUAUCCAAUGAGGAUUGGAAUGCUGAAGCAACUUUUCAUGAAUUUCAGGGAAUUAACCAAGGUGUUUUACGCGCUCGUUCGGUUCCAUUUAAUUUGUAUAUGGUACCGAAUUGGGAAAAACAAGAAGAUAAAAAUUAUUUAUUAACAUUACGUCAAAUUCGUGACGAAAUGGAUGAUAAGUUAAUGGCAGAAUCGAGUCCACAGGAACGCUUCCUCGUAAGCCCAUUUACUGAUAAUUUGGACUAUGAGGUUGACUACCAAGUGUAUCCGGAACUUAUGGCGGAAAAAGCACAAACAAAAACAGCUUAUGCUGAUAUGGUGAAAUUAAUCCGUGGUACUAAAUGGACAUCAAACCAUGUGCACCUUGGGGAUGGUACUGAUGUGGAAAUGUCCUAUGCUAAACUUCAUGCACUUCCAGCUGAAGUCCGUUUACCAUGGCACUAUCCAGUAGUUAAACCGACUGAAGUGGUUGUCCAAACUUCGUCUACGGAUACACCCGAUUCGGUACAACUUUUAAAUGAUGAACUUCAAGAAAAUUUACAUUUUUUCAGUAAUGAACCGGAGCGUAUUCAGCAAAAUGUGUACAAACGUUUAUGGGAACAUCGUACAUUUGGAAAAGUGACUCCACGUAUGAUUGAUGACAAAGUUCAAAAACGAUUGGACGAUCGUGUAAAUAUGCGUCGCGAAGCUUACGUCUCAUCGAACCCUACGAAAGCUAAAUAA